CUGUAAGCAUGUGUAGCUUCAACAGCAAUAGUGGCAACAACUACUGCUGCAACUUGUUGCUUCUAAAUUUCUUCGGCAACUCUCAACUGGUAGUUGGUUUAAUCGCUCCUACAGCGUUGGAAUGUGGGUCAGACUAUAUAAACCCAAGUUCAAGGCGAUCGCUGUUUCAGACGAAAGAAAUCGCUUACAGCGACAGCACGAAAAUACAAUUACCGUAGAAAGCACUAAAAGCACGAAACCAAACUGUGGUUUGUGAAAAGUUAGCAAACUGGAACAAGAAUACUUUUCUUAUAGUCAAAGAAAAUCGUACUGUGUAUGCAGGUGUCGGCAAUUUCCUAACAAAUCACAAAAUUAACAAUAGUGCGGUGAAAAUAUAAAUUACAAAAGUUAACGUAGAGUGUUGCAGUUGAAUAAAAAAAAAUCUAAAUAGCAAAUAUUGUAGUGAUUGAGGCAGCAGGAAUUGAGUCCGCGGUUACGAGAAAUAGUUAACUACACAGUUCUGUAGAAUACAAGCGAAUUGCGAAGCAGAAAAUCAGCAACUGGUAUCAGCAUGCUUAACCAACGCAAGCUUUACUCUUACUUGCUACUUUUGAUAGUUUCUACCAACUGCCUGCUCCUCUCUUAUGCUUAUCCACAAAAUGAAGUUUACCAACGUCAACGUCUGCAGAAAGUGCACCAGUCACCUGUUUAUCAACCAACAGCGGAAUCAACGGGCCGCAAAUAUGCGGUGAAACCUAAUGCUUCGAAAAAAGUGGCUUUAGAUGAUGUAGAAGAUGACGGCGAUGUGGUGAACCAAUUAAGCGAGACUCCUACCGGAUUUUCGUGGUCCAAUAUGUUGUCGACUGUUUUAACGAUGUUCUUCAAUGGAGCAGCGAACGUGCCCUCCAAAUCUGACGAUAUCGAUAAUUCUGUCGGUUUUGGAGGCUCACCAUGGGCCAAUGUAAUAUCGAUGGGUCUAAAAAUCAUUAACACACUGUUGGGUGGCGGUGCUCCAAGCGACGGCAUUGAUAAGGUUGAUAACGGCGGCUCACCAAUGCAGAACAUCUUAGCUGCUGUGCUGUCAUCAGUGCUUGGUACCAAAGAUCCCGAUCAAGUGAAUUCGAUGGCGAAACAAGCUGGAGAGUUCAUUCAAAUCGUGAUGAAUCUGCUAGAUGCACUGAAGACAUCAUUCUCUCAUCGGUCGUUGUCCGCUCGCUCGAUGGGCAAACGGGACUCGGUAAGUGAUGCCACAGUCGCCGGUCUCUCACUUUUGAAAAGUUAUGUGCGUACUUACCGCAAUGCGGACGACAAAUGUAUGCAACGCUAUAUGUGUGAAGCAAACUCAGAAUGUGUUCGCGAAAUUGGAGGCGCCAGCAUCUUCUGCCAACUGGGAUCUUAUGCUACUAGCUACUUCCUGGAUCGCACCAGCGAUGGUAAAUUCGAACAUUUAUACGAUGCGGGACGCAGAGGACGCUCCGGCUAUGAUUGUCAUCAACUGUUUCUUGAGUGUAAUGAAGUUUAGAACCUGGAAUAUGUGAAUGUGCUGCAAAACGCCGUGAUUGUGAAAGAAAAUACAUAUAUUCUAAUAUAAACCAUGCAAGCUAUUUUACUUGUCGCAUACAAGCAUCACGAUCGAUUAUUAAUUAAGUUUAGGUUAAAAUACAUGUAAUUUAUUUAUUUAUUUAUGUGCGAAAAGUAACAAAGCAUAAAAACAAAGCAUGUUCUAAUUUAGGCUAGAAAAUCUUACACAAAACUAAAAUAUAAACCGUUGGAAUUACUGAACGUUACAGUC